AUGUCACAGCUUGAUCCAAAAGUUUGGACUCAAAGCACUGCCGACAACGGUGAUACUGUCUAUUAUUGCAAAGUGUGCUGCGAUUCACGCGCCAGAAAGGCAUUCAAUUGCCCUGGACAUGAACGCACUAGCACUCAUCUUGCGGCACUAAGCCGGCAGCGGCAGCCAACACCAGCUAGUUCGACAAUCAAUGAAGUCCGCGGUAAUCCCACGGCAUCCAUUUCCAACCACAGAAUCAUCGACGAUGCUUUGAGAGCUCUUUUAGUUUCCUCUUCGUCAAAUCCUCGCCAGCCUAUGUAUUGCUUUGGCUGCCCUCCUCUUCAAUCUGGAACUUCACAUGCAACUCCGUCAUCCCCUCCUCUUCAAGCUCCAACCCAGUCUGGCCCAGUUUCUCCUCUUACCGGCUUUGACUGGAAUUUGUACAAGGCAACUCAAGGCAGUACAGAUCCUGACCAAGAAGAUGAGCCUACGCCUUGUAUACGUGUUCGUGAAGGCGUAUGUCAGCGGUUACUUGAUCUACUAGAUGGUGUUGAAGAAAAUGAUGACCCGGUAGGGGAUAUUUUGGUAGCCAGUGAGGAGUCGGACUCGAGUGCUGAUGAUCUCCCCGCUCGUCCUUCAGUCAAAAAGCGUACACGAACACAAAAUUUGGAUCCUAGGGAGCUGGAAGAAUGGUAUCCAUGGCAGGAUAGAAUUAUAUCUUGA